CCAGCAAUCCCACCUAAGUUGGAUGGAUAAUCAGAUUGACGAAUUUUCAAAUGGGCCUAUUGUUAAGCAAAUAAGCAAAAUCGAUAGGCCCAUAACUAGGACUAAUAUCCCCUUUUUUAAAAUGUGCCAGUUUUGACGAACGAAAGAUGUAGCAAACGAGCACAGUUUGCCUUUGCCACAUGACUGGAAGCAGAAUUAUAAACACGUCCGCAAUGGAAGAACCAUAAUCCAUCUUCUUCGUGUACAUCAUUGAUUCUUUUGAGUUUUUGUUUUGCUUUGGAGGAAAGGAAAGAGUAUAUACUUACUGCAGAUCCUAGAUAACGAUGACGGCUGGAUAUUGACAGAUUUAUUGUGAUAAUAACCACAAAUUCCCAGAUAUAACAUCACACCCUUUCAACAGAUUAAGUUGACUUUUUCCUUGGAUAUGGCAGCGUCGUCCCUUGUUCUCCUCCACAAACCCAUCUCCAGAUUCUCUACUGCUUCUUCCUCUUUUCACGCUUACAACAAUUCCGCUCGAUAUCGAAGUUCGAGCUCAAUCUUCCCUUUGUGCCGGAGGAGAUUCUGGCCUGUCUCUGCCCCGAAAACUAUGACAGAUUCGGUCAAGACCCAUGCUUGGAGAGACGGCGACAAUAAUGACGGCGAAGAACGGUUUCAGGCGCUCGAGCAAGAGGCUUUCAUCAAUUCUCCGUCGGAGCUCCAGAACGAUUUGGUCGCCGGCGGUGGCAUCGAAGCCGUCGCUAAUCGUCUGAUUUCGGUUUUGUCAAAAUGGCAGAGCAAAUGGAUCGUAGCUUCUCUAUUUGGAUCGGUUCUGCUUCUACGACAUGACGGUGCAGCUUUGUGGGCUGUGAUUGGAUCCGUUUCAAAUUCCGCGCUUUCGGCAGCUCUGAAACGCAUACUUAACCAAGAGAGACCGGUUGCAACGCUGCGUUCUGAUCCUGGGAUGCCUUCUUCUCAUGCUCAAUCCAUUUCCUUCAUCUCUGUGUUUACUGUCUUGUCUGUUAUGGAGUGGCUUGGAACCAAUGAUCUCUCUCUGUUCCUUAGCGGCCUCAUCCUCGCAUUGGGUUCUUACUUUACAUAUUUAAGGGUUUCCCAGAAGCUUCACACGACCAGUCAAGUGGUGGUGGGUGCAAUCUUGGGUUCUGCUUACUCCACCUUAUGGUACAUCACUUGGAACUCUUUUGUCCUCCAAGCUUUUGCCUCAUCAUUCCCAGUACAAGUAGCCGUCUUUGCGGUUGCUGCUGCAUCUGCUCUAGGUUUUGUAGUAUAUGUGCUAGGUAACUGGUUUAAAGACGACAGAUGACAAGAAAGAUACAAAUUAAAGAGUUUUAAAAGAAUUCCUUUGAUUCCCAUUUCAUUAUUCUAUUGUUUGAGCUAUAUGGCAACCAACACUACUUGUGUUAGAUCGCCUGGGACAUGUUAGAAUUAAGGAUCACAAAUUUGGAUGAACCCAUAAGGUCUCUUUAUUGCACAAAUCGUAUCUAUGAGCCUCUGCACCAGAUACUACUAAUUCCAAGAUACUGUAUAUAUCUUCACUUUGUGGAUGGGACCAACCGCCAGACGCAAACGCCAAAACCUGAUCCUUGAUCAAAAUUGAUGACCAUCCGAGAUCUUUGAUCACGCCUUUCGACUUCAUACUCUUCCUUGCAUUUGCAGCCUCUUUCCAUUUCCCUGUGCUUGAAUAUAUAUUGGCGAGUGUUACAAGUGUAGUAGAAGAAGUUGGAUCAAGCUCUAGAAUCCUCUCGGCCGCCCUUCUUCCACGUUCAGUGUCCCCUUUGUCCUGGCACGCUCUGAGAAGCGUGGUCCAGACUACGUCGUCCUUCUUCCAUGGCAUCUCGUUGACCAUCUUCUCUGCAUCAUUGAGCCGUCCUGCUCUACAUAGAAGAUCAACCAUGCAACCAUAGUGUUCCUUGACUGGUGUCAUAUUAUACUUCUCUUGCAUCAAGUUGAAGUAUUGAAAACCGAGGUCAAGCUGUCCCGAAUGAGAGCAGGCAGUGAGAACGCUGAUGAAAGUUACAUCGUCAGGUAUGAAACCAAGCUUUAGACUCUUCUCAAACAGAUCAACCGCUUCUUUGCACUUCCCAUGUUCUGCAUAUCCAGAGCUGCCAUGAUUCCUGAAACACUCAGCAAACUAGCAAGAGAAAAAUCCGUUGGUUUUGGCCCCACUCGUCUCAUCCAUGAGAAAUAUCUAAAAACUUCUUCUCCGAGACCGGCUUGAGAGUACCCUCCGAUAAUCGUGCUCCACGAAAUAAUGUCCCUGCAUCUCAUUCCUUGAAACAAAACAGAAGCAGAGUCUAACUUCCCACAUGUUGAAUACAUCUUCAUCAUCGAGUUACUCACUGACAAAAAAUCUACUACCCCUAGAGAGAAAACAUUACCGUGGAGCUGCUCGCCCCACACAAGCCUAGAGAGUCUCGCGCACGCUGCAAAGAUGGACGCAAAAGUUUGUUCAUUGGGAGGUACUUGAGAAUUUCUCAUCUGUAAGAAUGUGUUCACAGCUUUUUCCUCUUGACCUAUUCGACUAUAAGCCGUGAUAAGGCUUGUCCACGAAACCACAUCCUUCUCACUCAUACUUUCGAACAAACGCAGCCCGUCUUGCAUCUCCCCACAUUCAGUGUACAUUGUAGCGAGGGAGUUAACCACGCAGAGAAUCGCACCAAAGCCUUUCACUAUCACAUGAGUAUGAAUCUCCUUUCCGUAUCUAACGUGGCGCAAACCGGCACAAGCCUUCAAGGCAAUUGCGAAUGUAAAAGUAUCAGUCAGUUCUUUGAAUCUCGACAUCUCGGAAAAGUACAUAAGCCCUUCCUUGUGACGACCGGCGUGAACCAACCCCGUAAUGAGUGCCGUCCAUGUUACCGUAUUCCUAAGAGGCAUUUCGCUGAAAACUCUGAAACUCGUGUCGAUAUUUCCACUUCUCAUGUACAUAUCCAAUAAAGCACUGCCCACGAAGACAGAGCUCAGCAGGAAAGUCUUCUCCGCAAAAGCAUGUAAAGAUUCUCCAUAUGCAAUGUUGGAACUUUGACCACAAGCCUUGAGUGCAACACUUAGAACGUAAGUGUCGGCUGAGACACUAGGAUCAGCACGCAUUGCAGAGAACAGAAUCAGUGCUUCGUGAGGGUUUGUUGCAGUCACGUAUCCCUGAAUGAUGGCUGUCCAUGAAACGAUGUCUCUGUGUGGCAUUUGAUCAAACAGUUGGCGCGCAGCACGCAAUUUCCUGGAAUCGACGAGAUCUCGAAGCUGAGAGUUUGUCUCGAAAGCAACCACCUGAUUUGAGAAACGUGAUUUCUCGACCGGUCUCUCAAGCAAUGAGAUCGAAGCUGCACAAAACCGUCGGAUUCUGUCGCCAUUUCUCGCAACAGUCAAAAU